AAAAAAUCAGAGGGAAGGAGUUUAUGGCUUAGGAGCAAGAAGAGGGCGUUAAAGGAGCUGUGAUUGUAUCCUGAGUUGUUUUUGGGUGGUGGCUGCUGCUGAUUGUUUCACUGGAGCAUUUCUCGCUAGCAGAGGAGUCUGGAAUGCAGCUUGUGAGCUCAGUUUACAGAGGAAGUUUUCACCAUUUGGCUUGAUUUGCUGUGGUAUUUUUGUGAAGGCGGUUUAACUCCAGUGUCGCAGAGUGUGUGAGAGAGAGUGUGUGUGUGAGAGAGUGUGUGUUUGAUUUCUUCAGACUGAUCAACUAGCAGCAGAGAAACAGCUGUGACAUGCAGGCCAUAAAGUGUGUAGUGGUCGGAGACGGGGCAGUCGGAAAAACAUGCCUUCUGAUCAGCUACACCACAAACGCCUUCCCCGGAGAGUACAUCCCCACAGUGUUUGAUAAUUAUUCUGCAAAUGUAAUGGUAGAUGGGAAGCCAGUGAACCUGGGGCUGUGGGACACAGCAGGACAGGAGGACUACGACAGACUGAGACCACUCUCCUAUCCUCAAACGGUACAGCGCCGAGAGCAAACUCAAUGCAGAGACGUGUUUUUAAUUUGUUUCUCGCUGGUGAGCCCUGCCUCGUUCGAGAACGUCCGUGCCAAAUGGUAUCCUGAGGUCAGACAUCACUGCCCCAACACCCCAAUCAUUCUUGUUGGGACCAAGAUCGACUUAAGAGACGACAAGGACACUAUUGAGAAGCUGAAAGAAAAGAAACUCACUCCCAUUACUUACCCACAAGGCCUUGCUAUGGCUAAAGAAAUAGGUUCUGUGAAAUAUCUGGAAUGCUCAGCUUUAACUCAGCGUGGCCUUAAGACAGUGUUCGACGAAGCCAUCCGUGCAGUCCUGUGCCCACCGCCGGUCAAAAAGCCAAAGCCAAAGUGCCGUCUCCUCUGAAGAGGUCGUCCAGAAAGAACCAUCUGCAGUCUGCACUCGCCUGAGGAGAGGUUUCAGGAAUAGUGGGGAGGGAGGACGUGUUAGGAGAAAGAGGGAAGACUCUAUGAACCAUACCCAUACAUCUCUCUUACUUACAUAUUGUAGUUAUAAUUAGAUUUGCUUCUCUGAGUCUGUUUUAGGAUCCUAGAGUUUGUCUCGAGGACAUGGGGAUGCGUUUCCUUGUUAUAUCCCUUCACACUAAGUAAUUCCUGCUGCCUUUUAAUACUGUGUUUUUCAUGUUUAUGUAAUGGUAAACCAAAUGAUCCUUUCUUUAUUUCAUCCAUCAGAGCCUAUAUAUUUUGUUUACACACUGCAUUUUUUUUUUUUUAUAGAAAAUGAAAAGUUACCAAAAAUGCAAACCUGCUUAUAAUAGCUUUUACUUUUGUAGGAAAGAGUCCACAAUUCAGAAGUUGCUGAGUGCUUACUUAGAUAGAUAGAUGUACUUUAUUGAUCCCUGAGGGGAAAUUUGGGAAUCACUCUUAUGAUAUUAUUAGUUUUUAUUAGUUUACUCAUUUAGUGUACAUAUUGGGGUCAAACAUUUGGUACAUAAAUGUUACACUAGAAAAAGCACGUAUUCACUGACUCACUGUCAUCUGAGCACUCUAAAUUACAAAACAAAAUUUGGCUCAAUGCUUAUUAAUAUGUGCUGCAUUUACUAUGCAGUCAUUGUGAAAGAACUUUUUAUUCCCACGCAGUAUUGUAUAAAGCCUGUAGUUUGGCCGAUGAAUAGAAUGUGGACAGAUGUAGAAUGAGAAUUGUCUGUCCAAAAUCUGCUGUCAGUAUGGAAUCACGCCCCCAAGAGAAGUGGAUCUUGGAUCACCAAGUUUAACUGAAAUUCCUUUUCACAGGAAGGCACACUGAGAGGACAUAUAAGAGAACAAGUCGAGAACAAUUCCCAACAGAUGUCUUAUUUUUUAUCUCUUGUAUGAUUUCAAUCAUGUCAGAUUGUUUUGUUUUGUUUUUACUGUAUUCCAACUACUUUUACAAUGUAUUAACAAUAUUCUCUGGAAAUGAAAAACAGUGUCCUUUGUCCUAAGCUUUAGUGAUUUUAUUCAAGUGUUAAUCAGUUAGUUCCUCUGAAAUCAGUUUCCACUGUCAUGAUUAUGUCUGUUGAAUAGAGAUUUACUUCA